UCACACUUUUCAUGUUUUGCUCUUUUAAUCACUUCUUCCGUGUAAGCUGCAAAAGAGAAUGCCUUUAUCCCCGACCUUCCUUUCUCUCUGGAUUGGAACUUGUUAUGUCAGUAGCCUUUUACUCAAAGCUGAUUUAUUUUGUUUCUAUCAGACAGUGGAGAUCAAGGUAAAAAUGGACUGUGAUGGCUGUGAAAGGAGAGUUAGGCAUGCUGUUUCCUCCAUGAAAGGUGUGAGAUCGGUGGAGGUAAAUAGAAAACAAAGCCGGGUGACGGUCGCCGGCUACGUUGAGCCAAACAAGGUCCUGAAGAAAGUUCAGGGCACUGGAAAGAAGGCUGAAUUUUGGCCUUACGUCCCUUAUAAUUUAGUGGCAUAUCCUUAUGCGACUCAGGCCUACGACAAGAAGGCACCAGCAGGAUAUGUGAAGAAUGUGGUUCAAGCAAACCCUGCUCCAAAUGCAACUGAUGAGAAUUUAAUGACACUCUUCAGCGAUGAGAACCCAAAUGCUUGUUCAAUCAUGUAGAAAAUUCCAUGUGUGUGUGAGAGAGAGAGAGUCUCUACUACUGGUUUAUUAAUUUAAUGGGUUUUAGACCCACAGAUGAAAGUGGUGUCAGAUGAGUUACUAGCAAGAUGAAUGCUGUGUUUGUAACCAGAGGAACUUUUUCCUCUUCUUCUUCUUCUUGAUGGUACACUGUUGUUGCAUCUUGUGACUUCAUGGACUAUCUAGGGUUGUUGAUUCCAGGCUUGUCAGACAUAAUAAGAUAAACAGAAAAGUGGUUUUUGGG